AUGUCUAUCCGACUGGACAAUCUGCUGGCUGCCCGCGGGCGUUCGGAAAGGGUCCUGUCUGUUCCACCUCCGUGCACUCCCGCCCCUAUUCCUAUGGAGUUAGGGGGCGCCGUGCCGAGGGGUACCGGAGGAGGAGGCUCCUCCUGCACCAGCUGUGGUCGGAGAAGACACACGGCCGACUGUGUGGCGGAUGUGUUGUCCACUGAGCUGCUCAUCCGCAAACUGCCCUUCCAGCACCUGGUGAGAGAAAUCGCUCAGGACUUCAAGACCGACCUGCGCUUCCAGAGCUCCGCCGUGAUGGCCCUGCAGGAGGCUAGUGAGGCUUACCUGGUCGGCCUGUUCGAGGACACCAACCUGUACGCCAUCCAUGCCAAGAGGUUGACCAUCAUGCCCAAGGACAUCCAGCUGGCCCACCGUAUUCACAGAGAGCACCCUUAAAUGAUGACCAGAUCUCCAAAAUCCCCCAAAGGGAGGAUGAUUGUUUUUUUUAUGAGCAUGGCCUUAUUUCUAUUAAAGCAUAUUGGAUGACUGUCAUUCAUAUUCCAUUCACCCAGCUCAAUGUAACAUCGAUAGGUUUAGGCUAUUUCAAUUCUCCCUGUAACCAUCAUGAGGUUGCUACAACCUAGCCUCUGAAUGAAAGUUUACAACUUCAAGGUCAAGAGUAUUUUGACUAAUCAAGGUGUCAGACAUUGAGUGACACAAGCAGUUCCAGGUUACACACUCUUUUCUGCAUCUAGUUGAUCUAGGGUGUAAUCAUUAGUCCAACAGUUGCAAAUAAUAGUUUCUAUUGGACAAAUUCAAGUAUGUAUAGCCCGUUUCGUUCCAUUUGCUUCCAUUUAAGAAACGUUUUUCAACAGAAUUGGCGGAAUGAGUCCAAUCCUGAUCACAAGCAAACAGUUCACUUUCAUAGCAGCCACAUAAAAACAGCAUGAUCACUUUGCUCGUUGUAUAGGCUGUAUA